AUGUCGAAGAACUCGCCCGACUCCAUCCUCACGCUCCAGGUCGAAUUAUCGCAAGCCAAACUGGCGCUGGCUGAGUCCCAAGACGACGUCACAGCUGUGCGUACGCUCCGCGUGGACGUUCUCGACAAGCAGUUGGCUUUGGCAACGGCCCGCGGCGACAGUAACGCCGCGCUGGGUCUCAAGAUCAAGCUCAUCGAGGCCAAAAUCGCGCUAGAGGAUGUGCCUUCCUCGGUGACAGACGAUGGGCGCCUCGCGCAAGAUACAACCCCUGAACCGGAGAACGCCGCAGCCGUGAACUGGCCCCGCAUCAUCGACCAGCCGUUCACUAUGGGCAAGGUCGACGAAGAGCGCGGGGAAGUGCGAGAGAACGAGGACAACGAGGUUGAGGAGAACACCGUUGUCGGAAACUUACUUGGCGUGGGGAAGUCUCCUUCGCCAGACGUUGAGGAAGACUCAAGGCCUGCGUGGGAAGCGCGUGCACCAUCUACCACUCCCACAGCUGGACCGAAUCCUCCUAGCGACGCGUCCAAGUCCCGUGGUACGACGUUAGAGAUCAGCUCGGACGAAGACGAGCUGCACGUGAAGUCUCGUGCCUCUGCACGCAAACGGCGAGUCGUAGAAGAGGCAGACGAGGACAUCAGCGUUCACGACGACGAGCUGCACGAGAGUUCGAACGAGGCCGGUUCCGGAGAUAGUGCGCACUUGGGAAUGGAUGCGCCGAACGGGCCCGACGAAGAGUUCGCUGUGCAGUUCAUGCGGUGGGCCGGUUGGGUUUGGGCGUGGGCGGCGAGGCUGGACGAUGGCCGCGAGUUGGUGGGGCUGAUGGUCGUUCCACUAGUCCGAAUUGAGAUGACGCUCGGUUUCAAGCAAGGCGAACACCUUCCCGGUGCGCUGCCCUACAUGAAAAACUGGGCGAGUAAGCGUCGCAUGGCCUGCAAGAUCGAUCACGCAGACGUGUACGAUAACCCGAGCAAGAAGGAGGCGUACACGCCCAACUUUGAGCACAAGUUGCUGGCGUGCUGGUCGUCCCUCCGUAACCAGCCGUUUAGCGUCGUUGCCCAGAUGACGGGACGAUACGGCAUGGUUCUUGUAGUGCGUAGCCUUGUGCAGGCACGCGCCUCGGGCGUCUUGGUCCACGAUUGGGCUUUGUACGUGCGUGAAGUCGCGGCCUUGUUGGAGGCAAUAAGACGCUAUCGCGAGGACGGCGAGAUCGACGGCGAUUGUGAAGACACCGUCAUCGCCUUGCUGCAGAACUGGGAUCCCGAGGGUACGGUCGCUGUCACCAACGCGCUGGAUGCGCGCGGGCGUGAACUGGCUGAGUUUGAGAAUGCGAAGAAGACGCGUCAAGGUCCGGGCUCUCCGUCGCAGGCUGGUAUCAAGCUUGAGCGGAAGUCCUCGCCGUCAAAGGGCCGGAGCAAUGGUCCUGUUCGCGUGGCAGGCCGCAAGCGGGCGUCCCUAACGUUCGCACCUUCCGCGAGCGCAUCGGAGGGCUCCCCGAAGAAAAAAGCUCGCCGCAGCGAGGGUAACGCGCCCGCGCCCGCGUAG